AUGGCUCGGGAGAGUAGUGAGCCAACGAGCAGCCGGCGUAGUGACCACUUUUCCGCGCCUGAACAAGACUCGGACGAUGAGCUGCUCCAUGGAAGGAAAAAAAUGAAGUAUCAGGCAAUCCCGAGCCCGACUAAUGUGGAUGCGAGUUUAGACGGCAGUCCUUUACAUUAUGGUCAACCCUCAACUCCCUUGGCCUACGUCGAUGGCAGACGCAACCUAUGGCGUGAAAACACACAUGAAGAAAAUGGUCACAUGUUUGCAACUCAGAGCGAACCAGACAACUUGGUGCUGGACGAGGCAGAGGUAAAUUUUCAAGAGACCGACCCGGCUCUGUGGGCAUGGAUCUUCAGCAUGAAGCUUGGGAUCUCUGAAUCACUGUACCAGGAGUUGAUAUCUGAACAUGAACCUAUUCUAUCCAAGUUCAUCACAUCGCUUGCUUCAAACCUCGCACCGUUUAGAGAUCAAGAAACCGGAUUUUGGAUGAGCACCUUGACCAGACGUGAAUCCGUCAACAGCUUCAAAGAGUUCGCGCAUCUCCUGUGGUGUGUUAACUCGAAAUUCAUCGGAAACUUCAGGCCAAGCAAGCAGACUUAUCUUCAAGAACAGGCUGCAAUUCAAGACUGGAUUAUUCAUCUAUUCACGGAAUCCAACGCUGUUUUAGCCGGACAAGGUCACAGAAAACCCCCCAACUCCGGACCCAAACAAAGCGCCCUUCUGCGCCUCAUUUACAUGGCUAUUGAGGCGAGGUAUUCAUAUCCACACUACGAAUUGUUUAGUCACAACGUCCUUCAGGCAACUGGAGCGGUGUGUCGAAAACAAAUCUGGAUGGCUCAAGCUGUAGUGAAUGUUAUGGCGGCUUAUUAUGAGAUGGGGAACCCCAUGAAGUGGCGACUCUUGUUUCCAACGGACCGGCUUUUUGUCCAUGGCCUGACUAAACUUCAAAACUGGAAUUCAGAAGACUGUGCUUUAUAUCAUGACUUCAAAGUCUUAAAAUCACACCCAUUGUUUCCAUGGAAAAAGACUGUCGACGCGCAAUCGAUAUGCGAUUUUUGUAGAGGCGACAUUCCGGUGAUCUCCCUUCAUGGUCAGAUCAAAACGAAACCCGGUCUGAGGGCACGGCUCAUGCAAAUGUCCCUCCAACCAUCUGGAAGCGCAGAUAGUCGAGAUCUGGUCUUCAAAAUGAGCACCUCUAAUGAGAAAAACAAGCUCUUGUUGGAGCAAGAUCCGCAGAAGAUGUGGGCCUUCAUUUCCAGGUUCAUCUCAGACUACGACAAAUUCAUCGCUGCAAAAUUGGUCCGAUUGAGGUCCGAUCCAAUCGUCCAAGUUUUGCACAUCUGGAAACUCCAACAAAUCGCCAGCCCCAGUGCUCAAAUCAAACCGCUCAUUCACAUUUUAAGGAAAGAUAGUUUUCUUGUCGAGUUGAAGAAGUUGCUUGAUUUGCUUUGGAAUAUCAAUGCGAGAUUGCUCGAGGUCCUGGGUCAAGAACCCUAUGGAGAAAUGUUCUUGAUAGAACAAGAUAAACUUCAAAAGGAAUUUUAUUCUCUGCUUACUUGCUCACAUAACAAACUAGAUAACUUCUACUACAGAACGCCUGAAGGAAAAGAUACUAGGGAGAUCCAAGAAAUGAUACUAAAAGCCAUGGAUUCUGGUGGUGAUCCCACAGUCCUUUACAAUUACAAACGGCGAAAAGGUGGCAUCACAAGGAGGAACAUCAUGAUGACUCAAGCAGUAGUCAAUGUGAUGAUAUGUUAUUACUGGAAUAACAAUCCUUCAAAGUGGCUCAAAGUUUUCCUUGAUGAAGAUAAUUUUAUCUUGAACUUGGCCCAAAUUGAAACAAGACUGACAAAGAGGAUGUACUAUCUUGAAUUCAUGAACAGCAAGUUUCAAGACCUUCGUGAUCUAAACUUAAUCCCUUGGGAAAAUCAUUUUAUUUUGAAACACGAUCAAACUCUGCUCAUCAGGAAAUCAUUCCAGACUCAUUCACACACUAAAUCUGUCAUGAAAAUCAAAUAA